AUGGCUGCACCCGCAGUGGGUGCACGCCACAUGGCGCCAGCGGAUGCCCUACGGCCGUUCAUCUUUAUCCUGCCUCCCGAACUGCUCUCAGCUAUCGUGGAAGCCGUCGCCGCGAUCGAAGUGCCGCGCCCUCCCGUGUCUGACCGUGACCGUGAGCUCGUGCACAAAGCAGCCGAUCCACGCAUGCGCGAGAGAUUAUGGGAUCAUAUCGUGGAAGGAGGCUCUCUCGGGUGGAUGAGGCUGAGCCACGUCUGUCGCGCAUGGAGAAGUCAUAUCUGCGAAAGCAUGCCUCUUCUCUGGGCGCAGCAUAUCGGCUGUUUUCGAUCGCCCGGUGCGGUCAAGGUGAUGCUGCGCCGAGCGGGAGAGAGCACGCUUGUGUCUGUGCAAUCCGCGGCGGGCGAGGACGCCCCUGGUGCGGCUCUGUCGCCGUGGGAUCUUGUACAGAAACCUGUACUCUCGUGGUCGGAAGCCGGAUGCGCGGGAUUCUAUUCGCGAUUAGAGUCCGUGCGCAUAGUCGACUUGCGGCGUGUUGUCGAUGAUCCCCCAUCUUUCGCCUUGAACGGUCUUCCCAGCCUUCGCGUACUGGAAGUGCACCAUCUUCACUUAGACGAGAACUCAUUCGACGACGAGGACAAGCUAUUACAACCUGGAGCGCCCAUCGUCCGAGCGCCCAAGUUGCGCGAGAUACGCUUCACAAACUACUUCAUUCCGUGGACAGCACCUGGACUCACGCACCUAUCUAUCUCCCUUGGCCAUUGCAAUGGCCUUCCUAGCCCCGCUCUUCUGAACGCAUUGACUCUGGUCGCGCCUACGAUUAAGGUUCUCGAACUCGAUUACUGUCUGCCGGGCGGAUUCUCCGAACAUGUUCAGGCCCCGUACGAGUUUCCUCAGCUGCGGCGUUUGUAUCUUCGCGAUACGGACGACUGCGCCGACGAGUUCCUGAAGAUACUCGAGCUCUCGAAGAUAUCUUUGACGGAACUGGACCUCACAAUACAUCCCGACGGCCGUCACUGGAGGGACUCGAUCAAGACCAUAGUCGAUAGGGCGGUGCGCCUAUUGCGGGUCGGCGACCCUUUGACUCUUAUGUCCGCCACUCAAGCGCACAACGACGACGUCAUAUUCGGCUCGCUCCACAAGCACAUCUGUCUCGCGUUCUCCCGCCUGCCAAUGGCAUCUCGUACACCUGAACUCACCAUCGCCAUCGAAAACGCGCGCCAUGUCGGUUCUUCCUAUGCGACUUGUCUCGCCGAGACGUGUCGUGCGCUGGGCACAGGCCUCCCGGAUAUCUGGCGGAACGUCCGCUUUGUCGACUUGGACUUCCCGCUAUGGGACUUUGUUGCAGAGUCGCGUGUAUUGGCCGAGGCUUUCGUGGACAAGGGCAUUCGCGAGCUUCGUAUAAUCGAUCCAGUCGAGAGCAUCAUGGACUCUCGUGGCUGGGAAAUCCCUCUCAGACUGCUAUCGGUCGUAUUCCGGUCACCUACUGCGCGACUUCAGAAGCUUUGGAUUGUGCAACAUGGCGAAUGGUUACCGGAGCGAAUUUCGAUGUAUUGCUUUACCUUGGCCAAACGAGUGGAGUACGAAACCGCGCCUGCGGAAGAAAGAGGCCGCGCUCUUCUCAAACCGCCGCGUAUCAAGUUGUUGCGGGCGGACUUCAUCGAGUCGAGUCUUAUUCAGAGCGUGGAUGAGGAUGGUCUCAUUGAAAGGCUGACGAAGGUCGCAGAACAUGUCGAACUGCGUUUCUUAUGA